AUGGCGCACCUCGACAGGCACGUCUACCGCGGUCCCCAGUUGGCGCAGCGGCCGUGUCACCAGCUCGCCGUCGCCGCCGCUGGCCCCCUGGGCCGCAGCACCGGAGGCGAGUUCGACCCAGACAGCCCGGGGGCGUGCAUACAGAGGAGCCGCGCCGCCGCCGCCGCCCCCGUGAAACCCGCCCCAGUCCGACUUGGGCACGGAGGACGCCAGUCCAGGCAGCAGGAUGCAGCUGGCGGUGCAGCAGCGCUCGGCGCCCCACCACCGCAGGGGCUAGGCUCGCCGGCCCCCCGCGGGCGCCCGGAGCGCCCCCCUUCCCUGACGCCGCCGCGGAGGCGCGCGCGGGCGAGCGCGCGGACGCCCGAGCCUGGCCUGCGCCAGCACGUCGCGGACGGCUCGGGCACAUCGUGCGUUUCGCUUCUGUCUGCGGCAGGAGGGCGCGGCUUCUCUUGCUUCAUCUUUUCGUGGCCCAGGGCCAUCGGCCCGUGGCCGCACCACUCUAUACAGAUCUCCUCGUUGCGUGGCGAUGGCCCCUCGUGUAUUUGCUUCUGUGAGCUCGGGCUCAACAGCCCCAGCCUGCGAACCCGGGCUGUUCUUGUCAUGGUCGUUUGA